UUUAUUGGGAGAAUUCAAAUAGUUAGCACCGGUAUGAAAGUCUUCGGAACUAUUCUUAUGUUGGCAAUUUUAGCCCUAGAUGUGUGCAAUGCAGUAAAAUGUGUUUUAACUUGUCGUACAUCGGCUGGCGACUACGAAGUCAUUGAGAUAUAAGUUGUGUGCAAUCUUUAAAACUAUAAACUAUAGAUUCGCUUUAACGGAGCUUAAAAUGAAUGUUGGAUAAUUCUGCAAUAAAAUAUAUACUGGAUUU